GAAAGACCCGCGACAGCCUUACCUUGAGUGCCGUGUGCAAGCCUUUAAUUCAAUAUGGAGGUUGUUGUGGUUCCCUACUGCCUCCUCGCGUACUUUUCUUCCUUAUCUCCCGUUAUCUCACCAAUUUACCAGCUCAGAGAGGCUUCUUUGUGAUUUCAGGGGAGGCGUGAAGCGUGAUGUGUGUAUUUCAGCGGUGUGUAGUGUUAUUAUCGAUUAAAGCACAAGAGGAAGAAGCGCCAUAAGGACGAGAGAAAAACAUGACCGUGACUUCUUAGACAAAUGACGAUCGACACUACUCUCUACUUGGAUUCUAUUUCAUCAGCGUCAGUCUCUUUUGUAAAAUCUUCACCAUGUCGUGUUAUCGCUUGAAAGAUGUUGUAUUGGUGAGAAAAUAGCUCAAUAGUCUAAUUUUUGUUUCGAGAAAUGAUAACUGACGCCGUGAAGCCAUGAGUGAUGCGCACGCUUUUGUCUUCUCAUAUCAUCUUAUCUCAGAGUUCCAUAAGUCACGAGGCAAGAUAAAGUACAAAGCACGUAUUUCUUGAUUAAAUAUUUACGGUAUGAUUAGUUAAAUAUUUUGAAAUGAGAUUUUGAUGAUAAUGCAAUGGAAUUUUUUAAACAUAAGAGCAUCGACAAUGGAGGAUCGGGAGACGUAUGAUGACUUUCUAAUGAUUGCGUCACUUAUAGUCAGGUGGCGGGGUAAACAUGGACCCGAAGAUAACAGGGCUUGAUUCCAACUCUGUCUUGGAGCCUACUGGGGCCUUUAAUGGUGUCAUGACCGAAGGAGUGCUGGAUGACGAGAUACUGGAGGCCAUAACUCCGCAUCUCAGCAUCCUGGACGAGCAAAUGGAGGACGUAAAGCCGACAUUUUGUACAAGAUGUCGCACAAUUUCCGCCUCCUUCCUCUCCAGCUCCUAUAUUUCAAGCGGCCUCGAUAGUAUUAGUAUUUCUAGUGUUGAGAGGACUAACAGACGCGGCGAAGUACUUACGGACCCUACCCAUGUGUGUACCAACGGGACACCAGUGGUUGAUGACGAUGACGUCCCCCUCCUGCGUGAUGAGGACGAGGAGGAGGAUCAAGAGGGUAGACAUGGAUCCCUUGGGGCCAACAGCCUCAGCUCAGACCACUGUCAUUUACCAAAACCAAGUGUUCAGUCCUCCAAGCGAGCCAUGACUAAGCUCUCCAUUGCCUGCUGCCUCACCACUGUCUUUUUGAUUGGUGAGGCAAUUGGUGGUUAUCUGGCCAACAGCAUUGCCAUCAUGUCUGACUCAGCCCACCUGCUGAGUGAUCUGGUCUCCUUCAUGGUCUCCCUGAUGGCCAUUUACUUUGCUAUGCGGCCAGCCUCAAAGAAGAUGAACUUUGGCUACCACAGGGCUGAGGUGUUGGGGGCUGUCGUGAGUGUGCUUAUCAUCUGGGUCAUCACCGGGAUCCUGGUGUAUGCUGCUGUCCAGCGCGUCAUAACCAUGGACUUUGAGGUGGAGGCUGACACCAUGAUCAUUGUGGCAGGCCUUGGAGUCGUCAUAAACAUCAUCCUUGGUGUGGCCCUUCACACAGGUCAUGGUGGGCACAGUCAUGGCCACGGCCACAGCCACGGGAGGCCCCACACCCAGCAGCAGCCCUCAUCCACCUCCCCUGAUCAGCCUCAGGGGUCUUCAGGAAAUGCCACUAACAUCAAUGUUCGGGCAGCCUUCAUACAUGUGUUGGGGGAUUUGAUCCAGAGCAUUGGUGUCCUUGUAGCUGCAUACAUCAUCAGAUUUUAUCCACAGUACAAAGUUGCUGAUCCCAUCUGCACCUUCAUCUUUUCGGUCCUUGUCCUCUUCACAACGGUGCCCAUCCUGAAGGACUUAGCUAAUGUCCUAAUGGAGGGAGCACCCCCGGGAGUGGACUAUGCAAUGGUGGUAUCCAACCUCACAGCUCUUCCAGGCGUCAAAAUGGUGCACUCCUUACAUGUGUGGGCGCUUACCCUUGAUAAGAAUGCUUGCUCAGUUCACUUGGCCAUUGACUCCAACACAGACCCAGAGAGUGUGCUGAGGGAUGCACAGCGAGUCAUCAGGUCGAGGCAUCAGAUCUUCCACACGACCAUCCAGGUGGAGCGUUACCAGCCACUACUGAUGGACAACUGCCAUCAGUGUCAGCCGCUCACCUGAUUGAGAGGUACCUGAGUCAUUAGGAUCCACCUUCACCUGUUUUUUUUUUUUUUUUUUUUUUUUUUUUUUUUUUUUUUUUUUUUUCAAUCUAUGUAUUAUAGAGGUUUACAGCUGAGUCCUUUUUGAUGCAUCUUCUGUACGUGAUUGGUGGUCGUUUAUCCUGAGAGUGCCAAGUGUGUGUUAGGUGUGUUUGUGUGCAUGCAUGUAUGCAUUUCCAUGGCAUAUUAACCGCCCAAGUUGCAUUUCCAUUCUCAGGAGUAACGAAAGCCAACUGACGUGCUCAAGUUACAUCAGGUGAGGGCUGGUGUAGUGCUGUGCCUUGUAGUCAGAUCUGGACAGGUUCCGGUGGCUGUAAAAUGUAUAUUAAGAAUCUUUCAUUGUAUAAUAAGUAUUUUCAUGUGUGGCUAGGGCAAUCAGAACUGCAUCUCAUGCAACAAUAAUAAAGUAGAAUUUAUUCCUAAUAAAUUUUGUGUAUAUGUGAUUGUGUUACAAAGUCUACUGUCUGACAUAAUUGAGAAAGUUUUCAACUCCUGUACUUUUAGGUAUAAUUAGGAAAUAUUGUUAGUUUUGAUAGGAAGCCAUAGUAUUACUGUGUGAGUUUGUAGGGAUUGUAUUUUUAUAGAACACUUGUGAUACUGAAGUAACUCUGUUGAAAAAUUAGGACCAGAAAAAGCAGGCUUUCUCAGUAUUCUGCUCAAUGCUUGCUGGGUGCCCUGGGUGAGGAAAGGUUGUGAUAUCACCUCAUUUAUACCUAAUGAACUCUGUGGAGAAAUAAGUAACAAGUAAGUGUAUGUAUAUAUGAACUUUGCUUAUAGAUUUUCUGCCACUUUUGUACCAAUGCUGGCUGGUGAACAGUUUGCUCAUAGCAGAGUCACCACCAAGGCAAUGCUUGGUGCAGUCUGUGAGUGUCGUGGUGCUCUUAGAAAGUUGAAACAUUGAGAUGUAACAUUUAUAUUGGUUUGAAUUUUUUGUUGUGUGAAUGUGCGCAAUAUUCAGUAAGAUUGUAACAGUUGCUUGAAUAUUCAAACUGGAUUUAAGAUUGCUGUUGAAGUAUGGCUUUUGGCAUUGGGACAUUUUUAAUUGGGGCAUUUGCAAUGGUCUGGAAAAAUUGCCAGAUUCACCAGCUGACUUAAUUUUGCACAAAAAACUUUGUGUACUGGAAAAAUAUCUUUAUGUUACUUGUAUGUUAUUAAACUAAUGAAAAUAUCAGGAACAUUUCAGCCAUCAUCAAGGAGAGAGCAAAAAAUAUGGCAAAAGAUGAAUACUACAUAUAUCUUGGGUUUGGGAUGUAUAGCCACCUUGGGAUAAAAGCUAUUUCUACUUC